GUCUGUAGUCUUGUUGAACGAAUGUGUGUGUUGUGCCGAGUGUGCAUACAAUGCGUCGAAAGUACACAGCAGUGCGUAGUACACCCAUAACACACAUUAUUUACAUUCAGGACUAACCGCAGGUUGGAGUACACGUGUGGGUCCAUUUGCAAGAUUGACUCGGAGUUAUUUGAUAUAAGCUGAGACGCACUUACCCCACGUGAAGACAAGCCAUGGACGGGGGAGACUAUCCCGUUAGUAUGGAUUUCGAUGGCGAGUUCGGGAUGGAGGUAAAUGCCAACAAAGUGAAAGACGUGGAGGAGAUUGAGCCUGCCAUCGCCAACGGUGGCGGCGAGGAACACUACAGCAACGGCAUGGACAUAGACCUUGAAGCAGAGUUCGAUGCACAGCUCAACGAGCUCAACAGAUCUUCAAAUGUUGGGUUGAGCGAAGCGAUCUGGUCAGCACCACCUGAAGAAGAAGGAGAUGCAGAAGGAGAAGGGGAAAGUCCUAUUCAGAAUGAUCCCGAUAUUGAGUUGCAUGAGGAGGAUGAAGGCGAGCCAGAAGCUCAGGAGGCUGUUCCUCUUGUUGAUGAUACACCUGUGAUGGAAGAACCUCCAGAAGAUAUCAACACUGGUGAAGGUUUCCUGGACAAUGACGUUGAUAUUGCGACAGAAGGUUCGCUCGACCUUGAAGUUGAACAAGGUGGUGACAUCGCCACAGAAGGAUCACUGGAUCUCGACAUUGAGGUACCUGGUCACCAACAGCUCACGGAUCGUUACAUCCCACUGGGCGCUGAAAUGGAUCUUGGUGGAAGCGAAGGCGAAGAGUUGCCGGUGGAGAAUCCAGAAACGGAGCCCUUGCAGCAGGAGCAGGAAUCGUUACCACAGGAGCCAGAGCCAUCACUGCAGGAACCACAGCCAUUGCUUCAGGAACCAGAGCCAUUAAGGCAGCAGGAGCCUGCUGUGCAAGAUGAACCUGAUGGACGGUUGGGAGCUGUAGGAGAGGAGGAGCAGCAACAAUUGCUCAGCGAUGAAGGGGCUUUAGAUACUGAAGUGGAGGCUGGUGCCAUGACUGAGGGUUCCUUGGAUCUAGAUGUACAUGUAGGCGCCCAUGUUGAGGACGAGGACGAAGAUGCAGAUGUGUUUGAAUCGAAUGAGAGACUGGAGUCUCCUUCGGCCACCUACGUGAACACCACCCUGGCCAGCAAUGCAUCCUCCUUGGGCGCCCACGAACCAGCCCCAGCGCAUGCCCAGAGCCUCAUCACACCGUUCCGAGACGACAUCAACGGCGACGUAACAAAUGUUGACAGACCAGGAGAUGGGGUUAGGGUGGCAACAGCAGUAGAUGACAUUACGGUGAUAGAACCUACAACAGAAACAAAGCUCUUGGACCACAAAGGUAAUGGCGAUGCAGUUGUACCCAUGCCCCUGAUUCGAAAGGGCUUCCCUCCCCCGUUCCCGAUCGGUUACAAUGAUGAGAAUCUACAUAAAGGCAACUGGGGUCACAAGAUGGAGUUCAUGUGUGCCAUUUUCUGCGUUAUCUUCAACAUCGACAGCUUCGCACAGUUUCCAUAUUUGAUGUACGCCAAUGGAGGAGUUGUGUUCCUGAUCCCAUACAUGAUAGCCCUGUUCCUGUUGAUCCUACCCUUGGUCCUGAUCGAGAUAUCCCUGGGCCAGUUUGCCAGCUGUUCUUUCCUCACCUGCUGGAAGUUCUGCCCGCUCCUAAAGGGUCUGAGUAUCGGGAUGCUGCUUCAGCUGUUGGGGUUCGCCUUCCUAUGGGGACCAUUCUCCGGACACAGCCUAUACUACAUCUACACCAUCUUCCUACCGGCCGAUGAAUUGGUAUAUACCACCUGUUCCAAUGCAUGGAACGAGAUCAGCUGCCAGCCGUUGGUCCCAGGGAACUACUCCGCCCAGGAUCCUGAUUACGAGUCGUCCAUCCAGGAGAAUGUGACGGUUUUCAAAGCAAGCUUCCCCGAGGAAGAAUUCUACAGGAACCAUGUUCUGAUGGAGGCUGGUUCGACCAAUAGUCUUGGGUACCCCUUGACCCACCUGAUGAUAGCAUUGGCUGUGGCAUGGGUGGUGACUUUUCAUAUCAUCCUCUUUGGCAUCAAGUCUUUUGGCAAGAUUGCGUAUAUCUUGUUCAGUGCUCACAUCAUCCUCCUCUUUGUAUUGCUUAUACGGGGCGCCAUCUUGGAUGGAGCGAUGGAUGGUAUCAAACUUCUAUUCUGGCCAGAAGUUGGCAAACUCUUGGAAGUAGAGGUUUGGUCCAAGGCAUUGAACUGUGCCAUGAUCACAUUUGCACCAAUGUGUGGGAUACUGAUGUCAUUGAGUAGCUACAACAAAUUCCAUAACAACUGUUUCAUGGAUUCUGUCGUUCUCAUCCUGGUGGCACUCUUCAUCAAUCUUCUGUCUGCCGUCACAUACUUCUGCUAUGUCGGUUAUGGAAACAAGGCCCUUGAUGUGAACUCCCUUCACCUUUCUGAUAAAACAACAGGAGAAACAAUCUUUGUGAUGUUUACAGCAAUUUUUGGCUCUCUACCACAUACGAGGAUCAUGUCUUUCCUUCUCUUCUUCUUCACAUUCCUUUCAAGUCUCAGCUUUCAGGUCGUUGUAGCUCUCUCACUGGUAAUUGGUUUUCUGGAUGUAUUUGGGUGUCGUCAUUCGUGGAAGGUCAUCAUACCAGUCUCAUUCUUGGUCACCGUGGUCUCUUUUGGUGGUGGUCUACUCUUCAUUACACCGGAGGGACCACAUUUCUGGGAAGUCUUGUAUAAGUUCUUCAUGCCUCACAUUCCCUUCAUCUUGUGCAUCAUAAUGCCUCUGGCUCUCACAUGGAUAUAUGGUACGAUACCAGCCUGGAAGUUCCUCAAGUUCCAGCGAGACAUCAAAGCCAUGGUAGGAUGCUUCCCGAUCGUCUUCCAAGGGAUGUUUGCCGGACUAGAGGCAGUGAUCAUACCGGUUGUCAUCUCGGUGGCGUGGGUUUACAAUCUUUAUCUUGUCUUCAGUAACAUUGAUCUGAACUUUGAGGUCUACCAGGGUUGGCACAUCGCCGUGGCAAUCAUCUUAGCGUUCGUCCCUCUCAUCAUCGGCUUCCUGUCGGGUGCCGUCAUGGAACUCUGUAAAUAUGUGACGGUCUAUAAAUACUUUACCGAGCUGUUUUGGCUUGCAUCGAUGCCUCUGCGUGAGUGGGGGCCAGCGGUUGAAGAAAACAGGACAGAACACGACUACCCCAUCGUCAAAUCCCAGAGAGACGACCUGGUAGUGGAAGAAAAAUACCGCGAGUACUCGCAGGAGAACGUCAACAACGCCAAUGACAAUUGUCUGCGACAGAGCCAAGCCUAUUCCAUGUCGCUAAACAAUGAGGGCAGCAAUCCACCGUCGCCUCGUGACAAGCCGGACAAUGUUUACCCGUCGAGUAGCGACACGUUGGACAGGGACCUCGAUCCAGCCGUCAAUUCAAAUGCGACGUUACCGGCAGGCACGCCUUUGCUUGGUCUCAGUUUGUGCUCGCAUGAAACUACAUUGUAGCUCAAACCUUCAUAAAGACUCGAACAUCAUGCAAGAUUAUAGACUGCAAUCGAUGCCACAAGUUUGAGAAAGGAUUUAUUUUCUCACAAGAAAUAGAAAAAUAUAUCUUUUGUUCUUAUUUCUUCUUUCUAUUUAUGUUUUGCUACACAUUUUUAUUACCAAUGUACAUGUGAAUAAACCUUUUUCAUCUCUUUUUUUAUUUGUGGAUAAUAAUACAGUUUAUAUUUCUUGUAUCAGUGCAUAUAUUUUUCCUGACAAAAGUGGGAUUUUCUACUUUUAUUUAUCACUAAAUGGAAUGAGAGUUGUUUGUGUUAUAUUACUUCAUAUGUUUGUAAUAUUUGUAUAGAAUCACAUGUAGCUGACGUGGCUGAAAUAAGGGGAGAUUCAUCAACAAUAUUGUUAAGUAAAUAACAAAUUUUAGAUUAUUAUUUUUUCUCGUGUUCAUUUGUUCACUAUAUUUCAAGAACACUCCUCACAAAAUCUGCACAUAUCCAGUCUAAAUAAUCCAGAAGUAUUAAAUAAUAGGAUGAAACGGAGAUACAUUUAUGUGUUUUCAUUUUGGAAUAUUCAGGCAAUUAGUAUCUGUUUUGCAUUCAUUCUUGAAUUCAUGAAUUUCAACUCUGCUAUCGUUUGGGAAAUUUGAUUAGCUCACAUCAGUAUUGCAAUUGUUAUCAUUGAAGUUUAGGACAGGUUGAAUAAUGAUAUGAUUUUUUUUGAAGUUGCACUGUACAUUUAAGCCUGCAAAUAUUUUAUAGUUUACAUAAACAAAUAUGAAAAUGGCAAUAUUUUAGCAUAUGUACAUAAUAGUGGUGUAAUGGUUCUGACUCUGACUUUGUAAUCAAAGGAUUAUGUGUUCAGAUCACACUGCAGCUUAGCGUCCCUUGGCAAGGCAUCGGUUGACACUUUGCCACUCUCCACCCAGGUGUUAAGCUAUUCCCUAAUAGGAUGUGUAAUUCAUUGUAGUAUGACCAGUAUUUCAGCUUGAAACUUGUUGAAAUGCUCCCCCAUUAAGCCCAUCUCACACUAAGCGAUUGGUUGCAAUCCAAAUUUCAAAUGAAUUGUGAUAACAUUUGAGAUGGAUAUUCCAACCAAUAAAAUAUUACGGGUCAGAGUUCAGAAUAGUGGUAGGACUACUGAAAUCGAAAUACAGUCCAGUUAGAGCCUCCCUGAAUUACUAAAAACAAAUUCAAUUCCAAAUCGUAAUGACAUCAUCAUUGGCUGCGACUUGAAGCCGAUUUGGACUUUACUCCGACCAUAAGGCUUGCAAAGUAAAAAUAUGAUCCUAGUUUUCCUAACAAUAUGAUAUCUUUAAAUAAAAUUAUUUUACUUCUUGGAACUUUCAUAUUUAAUGCAAAAUGUGAUUUCUUGAAAAAUCGCGUCGCGUCGGAUUCGCAUAGUGCGAGACGGACUUUAAAUCAGGAACCGCAGAAAGUUUGUGAAGGCAAAAAGGAUAUUUUCCCAAAAAAAAUUGAGAUAUGAAGUUUAAAAUUAUCUCAUCAACGACAAUAUCAUGGACUAUAUCCUACAAUGAAAACACAGCAUUAACUUGAUACUGGUAUAUAAAACUAUAGUUACUAUGUUUUUACAUUGAAAUAUUCUCAACCUGUUCGUGCAAAUUCUUGGUUAGGACCAAAUUGCCUACAAUUUAAUUGGCAUCCUUGGCAUUGAUUUGAUAGUAGACUCUGGUUUCUGAUUGUUAAUACUGUAUGCUACUGGUAUUUGUCAGAGAACAGCAACUUGUAAAUGAUAACAACUUUUAUGAAUGAAGCCCAAAUUUGUAUGAGUAAUUCAGAUAUAUUAAGUAAUAUACACAGUGUCAAUUAACAGUGGACUCAGACUUUUUAUGUUUACUUUCCAUUUUUACUUUCCAAUUACUAUAAUUUUUACUGAAUAGUUCUCAGAAAUUAUACUUGAUGUUAAAAAUGACAAGCAUAGAUAUGUUUGUAGCAUUUUGUUAACCACUGUUUGAAUAGCAUUGAAAGACAAGUAAACGUCUUGCAAUUAAGCAUAUUAUUUGACAAAAAAAACCUGUUUUAUUUUGUAUAUACACUUCAUCAAAUAUGUAUAUACACUUUGUACACACUGUUAUUAUGAGAUAUGUACAGUUUUAUAGUAGCAUUAGUUUUGUAUAGAACAUUUGAAAAGAUAUUGUGUCUAUGUUGCCCUUUUAAACCUGAUGUUUAUAUGAUGGGGAUUUUAAACCAUUUUGAUGCCAGUUUGUCAAAUUU